AUGCCAGAGAAGUGGCAGUCCUCGGCGCAGACGCAGGGAGCUUGGAAGAAACACAAGCACUGGAACUGGCAGGGGGAGGAGGGCGCGGACUUGAAACGGCAGAAGUGUUGGCAAAAGGAGCCCGACACAGAGGAGCGAGGCCGCGAGCAGAUGUCGGGGAACCGAGCGGAAGAGCAGGGGUGGCAAACGGCCGGAGACCGGGAGCUGGGCCAGACGGAGUGCGGCCGCGAGAAGAAACUGGAGCAGAGCGCGCAGGAGGUGCAGCGGCAGACGGAACCAGAGCCGGGGCUCAAGCAAGAGGGCCGCGGCCCCGAGCAGGACUCGCCCGACACGGAGAAGAACGAGGGCCAAACGGACACCGUCGACAAGGGGAGAAAGGAGCGGGACCCGUACGACCGCGAUGCCCGGGGGGAGGCCGAUUCCGACGCCGAGGUGCAGUCGUGGCUCGACGAGGCGGCAUGGAUGCAGAGCAGGACGAAGAACGGGCAUCUCGUCUGGUUUCACAUCGACAUGCAGGAAUCGCUCUGGCAGAAGCCCACCGCUGCAGAGCUCGCCGAGCAGAAAACGAAGGGCGAAAUCGUCGUGGAGGCGGCGAAAGGGGCGGCCCUGGCGGGGCGCGUCGGCGUGAGCGAGCAGGAGGUGAAGGACCAGUGCGCUGUUCUGCAGGGGGUGGCGACGCGCAGGGAGCUGCGGCAGAACCAGCGACGUCAGAAGUUGCUCGGGAUCUGCGAUGCGAUUUACGACGCAGUGGGCGACUUCUACCACUCCGAGGAGGCGCUGGGGCGAACGGCCUCGCAGGCGAUGUUAUGCCUGUCUGCGCGGGCGUCCCACCGCGAGUUCCCCAUGCGGCCUGUCUAUCCUGGCCGCUUUCUUUCAGCGUUGCUGGGCGACUGGAACCAGGUGGCGCCCAGCGAACUCCAUGCUCUGUCUGGGCGGGUGUACUUCGGGGCCCUUGUGAUCUUGGAGGAGGCCUGCCACUUCUUGAAGAUGGUCGGCCUCAUUCCGGCGCGGAAUGGGGAAGGUGGGGAUUCGAGCGGAUCGCCCGGGGAUGCUGCCUCGGAGUUCAACAAGUUGAUGCAGACGGGCCACGCUUCCAUGACCGCGAAAAGCGCGGGGGCAUUCGGGCAGGAUGUCUCGCAGACGGUGUCCAUUGGCAUCGGGGGCAACGGGCGCCCCGCCAUCGUCGUGCCCAUGCUGCGGGGCACCCUCGGCAUCGACGCAGUGGCCACCGACCCCGCGGUGGCUGCGCGCGUGCUCCGGGCCGCGCCAGCGCGCGAGACGCAGGCGGAUUCAGAGGCAGAGGGCGACGCGGACGCAGAGUUCGAACCAGACUACCGCGGCUACUCCGUGAGGUUGGUGGACGGAAGGGCAACUCGGCUCCAGGCCGCGAACAGGGGCGUGCCGGUGAAAGAGGGCGUGGACUUGAAGUCGAUGGCGGCCCGCGUCCUGACGCAUCUCUCGCAGCCCCGCGCUGUAGUCCCGUGGUCGGGCGCCGCCCGCCUGACCUUCAAGGGCCUCCAGGCCGUGCGCGACGCCCAGUGCGCAGUGCUGCGCGGGGGGCGGCGCCAGGGGAACGCCGCCAUGUAUGGCGCGAGCCCGUGGUUGCUCGGGAUGAUCGCCGUCGCCCUGGUUGUCCUGGAGAUUGCCGUGGGCGAAUGGGUGUGCGGAGCCCGUGACGCGAUUAAGGAUCCGGCAAGUGGGCGGAUGAACGCGACGGCCUUCUGGCUGCGCCGCUGGAAGGCCGUGGUGCGCGCCGGGCUGGGAAAGUGCCAGAUCGGCAGGUGCGAUGACGGCGUGGGCGCGGCCGAGCGGCCGGGCGCGCCGCGGAUCCACGCGGCCUUGCCCGCGGUGGGGGAUGGCCCGAGCAAGGCGACUGGGUGCCACAACCGUUUAAUGAUGCUGUGCGAGGUGGCCCUCCAGACGCACUCGGGCGCCAUCGAGGCGAGGGGUGGUCGCGAGAGGAAGAUGGGGGACAGGGGCUCGGCCGGCGGGGCGGUCCCGAGCAGGGCGAUGAUUUCCGCGGCCUGCGGCGCGGGCGGCGGCGCGCCUGCCGGUGCAGCGGGCUUCGGGCAGCAGCGCGCCGCGCCCUCGGAGCAGCCCAGGCAUCUUUCAUAUCGCUCGGCCGCCGCCGCCCUGGCUCAAGGCCACGCCGCCCUAUCUGCCUACGUGGCUGGCUCCGCCUGCUGCGUACUGUUUGCGGCGCUAGUCAGGUUGAUCUGUGGCGGCGCGCCGGGGCCCGAGACGGGGCGGCACACGCCCGCCAAGGCGCCGCCGGCGGCCCCCGGGCCCGGCGCCGCGUCCGCAGAUUGCCCCCGGCCGCCGCCCGCGACCGGGCCCGCGGUGCCCCCUCCUUCAUUGGCGUACGCGUCUACGACUGCAACCAGCGCAGCUGUGAGCGCCAGUCCGGACAGAAGCCCGCUGGCGUCGACGCCGGACUCGCUGCAGGAGAUCAAGGAUCGCUUGCUCCAGGAGGCCAGGGCGCGUGCCGCAAGGCACGAGCUCCAGAGCCGCGCCGGCGCCGGCGGAAGCGACGCUGGUGGUCCCCCCGGCGGCGGCGGCCCGGCCAGCGCCGCCAGCAACCCGCCGCGAAGCCCCUCGCAGGAUUCCGCGGCGUCGCUGGCGACGUCGCUGAUGAGCCUGCCCCGCCAGGUGCCACCGCCGGCGGGCGGCCUGCUCCCGGGCUCCCCGCCCCGGGCGGGCGGCGGCGAGGCGCUGGAGGGCGAGCUCGCCCGCGUCGUGCGGCAGAUGGAGGUGCACCGGCGGCAGAUCCAGGCGCAUCAGCUCCAGCUGACCGCGCUGGAGCGAAGGCACGCGGAGAUCGUCUCCGCGCUCUCGGCGCAGGGGUUGGGCGGCCGCAGCAGCCCCGGAAGCGCCGCCGGCCAGGAGUACGGGCAGAGCGACCGGGAGCCGUCGCCGCUGCCUGGUGCGCAGGCGGAUGGCAGCAGCUACGACUUCAGGCUCGCCAUGGAGGCGGCGGCGGCAAGGCUGGGCCUCCGGGCCUCGUCCCUGCGCGGCUCGCGCCCGGCCAGCGAGGUGUCCGGCUUCAGCGCGAACUCGGCCCCGCCCGCGGUGCAGAGGUGGUCCGGCGGCGACGCCGGGCUGCGGAUGCCCGGGAGCCCCGCGGGCAGCGCGUGGUCAGGCGGCGGCGCCGCCGCUCUGCGCGGGCCCGGGCCCCGGCGCAGCGUGGCCCACGAGACCUCGAGCGGGCCCGUCGCGCCUCCGCUCGCGGCCCUGCGCCCGCCGCGCCCCCGCGGCGCCGAGCCCGCGCGCCCGCUCGCGGCCGCGGCUGUCUGGGAGCGCGGCGUGGGCACCCUGCUGGCUCUCGCGGUGCCCGGCCUCAGGACGCCGUGCGCGGGCAGCAGGAGCCUCGCGACGGCGAGCGGCCUCAGCAGCGGCGCUCUCAGGGCGCGGGCGGGCGGGGAGCACGGCAUCGGCACGGGCGGCUUGCUGAGUCUGACGAUGCCCCUGCUCGGGUCGCUGAGGCCCUCGAACGGGAUGUGCCGGCAGCAGCCGUUUUGCUUGUGCAGGGGCUCCGAGUGCGAGGACGAGGCGUGCUGCUCGUUGCCCCACCGAGUCCGUUCGUCUGGGGUCGCGCUCGGCAAGAUGGGUUGUAAGUUCCGCCAGGCUCACGCGCUCCACUACCGGAGAAGCUCUGGCCUCACCUCCUGCAGCACUUGCGGCAAGUCGUGCACGACAGGCCUCCGGCAGUUCGUGAAGGCGAAGUUCGGGGCGUCUCAGAUAUUGAGCAGAAGACCCUGGUGCGAUCCGGAGUGCUUCGACGCUCGCGGCACGCCGGGGCCGGGCAUUGCCCUGGACGAGGGCGUCGAUGGGUGCGGCCGCUCCUACGCCGUGGCCGCGGGCGUUCUCAGGCGUGCGGGCUCCGAGGUCUCCGUCGAGAACCUCCGCAAGAGGUACCUGCCGCGGCCGGGCGACCUGGUUGUGGGCACGGUGCUGCAGCGGAUGGGCGAGGUCUACAAGGUGGACGUCCGCGCCCCGUCGCCGGCGUGGCUGCCGGCCAACGCCUUCAACGCGGCCACGCGCCGCAACCGGCCGCUCCUCGAGGCAGGCGCGCUGGUCCACGCGCGGGUGGAGACCGCGCACCCGGACCUCGACACGGAGCUCUCCUGCGUGGACCCCGACACGAAGAAGUCCUGGACCACAGGCGAGGUCGUGCUCGGGCCCCUGCAGGGCGGCCUCGUCUUCGAGGUGGCGCCCAGUGCGGCCGGGCGCCUCCUCGCCGAGGACUGCUUCGUGCUGGACCGGCUAGGUCGGGAGUUCGCGUACGAGAUCUGCGUGGGCCAGAACGGGCGCGCCUGGCUGAGCGCCCCCACGGCGCGCGAGGCGGUGCUGUUGCUGCAGGCGAUCAAGCGCUCCUUUGGCAUGACGGACGUGCAGGUGGAGGCAAUGGUCACCAAGAUUGUGCAGAUCAGCUCCUGA